ACCACAAUGAACAUACAAGACUUUGUCUUCGACCUACCUGAGCCACCAAAACCCGUGAUAUACAUCUUCCACUCUGUUCCAUCAGAAUGCGCGACGAACUCAUCAUCCAAGCUGAAACAUAUGAUCCGGCAGACUACGACGCUGGCGACGAGCGUCUGAAGCAUCCUCAAGGCCAGCCCAUCGCAAACUUGUUCGUAGCAGCAGCGUUCAUUCAACAGAUGUUUGAUGCCAAUAAUAUCAAAUGUGUUGUAAUGGGAGGUUUUGCAAUGCUUUGCCGCGGCUCACGCCGCGUUACAAACGACAUUGACAUGAUCGUGAACAGUACCCCUUUAAAAGUUCGGCACAUCGUUGAGCAAUGCUCCAGACUGCGCAUACCUAAUACCCGGAUGGUUUCUGGUGUACUCAAGAUUUUCGUCAAGACUGGUCCCGCGGAGCGCGAUCUUGGGUGUACAGAGUCGGUCAUGGUUGAGGUUGAUCUGGUGUUCCCCUCUAGUAAGGGGACCCCCCGUGCGAGUCGACUUCCGGAUCAUAUCGAGAGCCUUCACAGAACCGUUGAAGGCUACGAAUACACAUUUUACGCUCUCGACAUCUUUUAUAUGCUGAAGACGAAGCUUUGGCAUUGUAACGGCCGAGAGGAGCUUCGGGAUGUUCGAGAUAUCCAAUUCUUGUUCGAGAACUAUGAGGCAAAUGUCCGGUCCGUCGCAGGAGAUCUCGAUGAUGAUGACAAGGAAGGCUUCAUGUCGAGACGAGAGAUCCAGGAGAUUGGUGAGGAGACGCAGUCUAUGUACAGAAAUAUACUCAGAAUAUAAUUCUUAUGUACUGUACCACGGAUCGGUGGCGAUGAGCUUCGGAUUCAUGAUCAGGAAUCUCGCUCGGCCAGGUUGCCGGAUUCCCGGAAUCGUGUAGCAUCAAAC